AUGCUUCCAGAACCAACACUUACACUAACCCUCCCCAGCAUCCACGAUGGUAUCACCCUCGACUGUCGAAUCUACCAUCCUCUCUCACUGUCCGCCAACCCGAAAGCUCCAACAUGGCUGAAACAUGCUGCUGUCGUGGCUCAUCCUUAUGCGCCCAUGGGAGGAUGCUAUGAUGACCCUGUGGUUGGAGAGGCAGCUGCACAGUUACUACGGAAGGGGUUCUUGGUAGGGACGUUCAAUUUUCGAGGUGCACAUGGAUCUGCGGGACGGACUUCAUGGACUGCGAAACCGGAACGAGACGAUUAUGCCACCGUUGUCGCUUUUGUUCUACACUACGUUCACGACCUCGAUCCCUUCCGACCGCACAUCGACAAUACCCUCCACAGCGAACCCUCAACUCCGACAAGGUUAGAAGCACCGAUUAGUCUAGACGCAGCUGUCACUUCAGCACCUCGACCACGACCCGUCUUGCUCAUGGGCGGUUACUCCUACGGCGGAAUGGUCGUGACGCUGAUACCACCCCUCGAUGCAAUUCUCCAACCGUUCAUAUCUCCCAUCGCAGGCUCCGACGCCGCAGAAGUUCGACUUCGAGCUGCGCAUCUUGCUGAGCAGCAGAACAUUGUGCUUGCGAGUGCCCGUGCCGCAAUGAUGGAGGGGUCAGCGCGGGGGAGGAGUAAGCGAAGUGUAAGAAUUGGGGGCGACGAGGGUGGAAGUCCACGACGAAGUCAUUCCAGUGCUCGGAGGAGCUUUUCGCUGGAUGAUGAGAGGUUUAGAAAGGGUGUUCAUGAUUUCAUCGCCAAGGCGAGAGCGGGAAGACAUUCGAGAAACGUUUCGCAGAACCCACCUACAACUGUCGUACCGCCUGAGCCGGGAGAGCAUCUCCCUCGUAUCACGGAUCUCACCAUGCCACGACCUGCUUACCUUAUGAUCUCACCCCCCCAAGGCGUCGUCACACACCUGGCGACCAUGUCCCUUCUUCCGUCAGCAUUGGUGAAGAACAAAGAUCCGCAGGAUGUAGCGGCUGAAGAAAAGCUGGUUAGGAAUCCGUCACUUGUGAUCUUUGGCGAUGAAGAUGGGUUUGCGCCUGUAGGGAAGUUUAGGAGCUGGAAGGCGAAGAUGGAGGGGAAGAUGGGAUCGCAGUUUAAAGGGGCGGAGAUUGAGACAGCGGGACACUUUUGGGUAGAGGAGGGAGUUUUGGAUCAGCUGAGGGAGAGGGUUGGGGAGUUUGCUGAUCAGUUACUUGCGGGAUAG